GCGUGUGCGGCAGGCUGGGCUGCACCGCAGCGCAUACACUACAAUGGCUGCUGGAAAGAGGGGAAAGCAAACAAUUUCCAGGCCCGCCGCGUCCAGCCCGAAAUAUGGGAAAAAAAUUACAGAAAAAUCGGAGAACACUGUAAAGGGUGGAAACGGGGCGCAGAGGGGAUGCUGAGGCUCCCGCGGAAAUACUUGAGCAUACUCGUUGCUACCAACUGCUGUAGAAAGCAAACAGAAAAAUAGAUUGUGGUUUUAAAAAAAGAUGCACUGUGAAAUACAUUACUUGGGGUGAGUGACAAGCAGAUGGACACCUCUUCGUUGAUAUAGAUUAUACAGUAUUAAGCUUUCCUCUGAUAUAUGUGUACAUGUUUUCUGAAGGAAUUAACUCAUUAUGUUAGAUAACCUAUUUUAGUGAUAAAUCUCUUUAUUCUCUGAAUUAACAGAGGCUUCUUUUAUGUCCAGAGUUUCAUGUUAAGAUCGUAGUUAAACUGUGCUUGAAUAUGAUGAAAUAAUCAUUUCUAUCAAACUGUCCUUUUAGUGAAAGGGUUGAUAAUAACGUCAUUUAUGGUGUUUUAAUAAAGAAAAAAGUCAUCUCUUUGAGUAGGAGUGGAAUACUCUAAAACUAGCUCCUUAAGUAGUACUUAAACUUAAUUAUAUUCAGCUCUUAUGACAGUUGUGGGAAAUGUGCAUUGCAGAAUGUAGGGCUUAGCUGAUUUGUGAAUUCUUCCCUCCCAACACAUGGUAAAUAGGUGUAGUCCCCUCCCUCCCAAAAAAAAGGAAAAAAGCUUUAAAGGCAGUUUAUUUGCAUGUAUAUCCAGCCUUUCUGAAGCAGAGGCCUUUGCAAGAAAUUAAAGGAACUAACGACAAAAAUAGGUUUGCAUCUCUCUUAAAGUUUUGAUGUGCUGUACAUAUUUGUAAAUGCAUGCUGUGACUUCAUAUAAACUCAGAUAUUUAGAUUGGAAGACAGAGAACAAAAUAUAUGCACAGCCUGUUGUGUGCAGCCAUGCAGUGUAUGACAGUGCCCAAUUCUUUAGCCCAGUUGUCCUGCCCUUUUGCCCAGGGAACUGAGGUUGCUGCCUUUAGAUGCGAGUCUAUUUCAUAUGUUUCUCUGCAUUUGAUAGGCUUGUUAGUAGCUUAAGCAGUUUGUUUCACGUGACUGCUUAUAAGGUGCUCUUAUGGGCAGUGUCAAUAAUAAUAUAUGGUCUGAUCUAUAGAACUUUUAGACAAAAAAUACGUAGUUUCCCUUUGUGCCCUCAAGCAGUAAAGCCAUCAGCUGUUCUUCAUUGCAAGCCAAAAAAUACCCAACCACAAUUAAAUUCAGCCAGUACUCCCCUACCUCACAAGCCCUCUCCCCUUUUCAUUCCCAAAUUCUAAGUAAAUUGAUAGUCAUUACAGUAUGCCCUGCGGAUCAAGAGUUUCAUGCUGUUUCAGUCCAAGGACUAGAUUCAAAAUAGCGAGCACCUGCCAGAGAACAAUCUAAUGACAGCUCCCCUUCUCUUUAUAUCAAAGGGACUCCAGUUUGUGUGUCUUCUGAUUGUUGGCAUGAGAAGAGAAGCGUGUCUCAAGUAGGCAAGAACCAAGUCAUUUAGGGCUUUGAGUCAAUACCAGUACUUCAGACUCCAUUGUGAACCUAAUCAUCAGCCAGGGCAAAUCAAGGAACACUGGUGUCACGGGCUUCCAACAAGAUAACACAGCGACUUGACCAGCAAAAAUGGGAAGUACUGGAUUCUGGUUUCCUCCAAGAAGAGUCAGCGGAACUGGUUAAGACCAAAAUCUGAGGACUUUACUGGGCUACCAUCAGUCCCCUUUUGCUUUCUUUUACGACCACAUGAAACUUGAGAAGCCAUCUAAAGCUAAAUCAUUUAGUGGAGUUGGGCAAUUCCCAAGUGUCCAACAAGAAGGCCUGGUUUAGGCUGCGAUGGCCACUGUCAUUCCUGGUGAUUUGUCAGAAGUAAGAGAUACCCAGAAAGUCCCUUCAGGGAAACGUAAGCGUGGUGAAACCAAACCAAGAAAAAACUUUCCUUGCCAACUGUGUGACAAGGCCUUUAACAGUGUUGAGAAAUUAAAAGUUCAUUCAUACUCUCACACAGGAGAGAGGCCCUACAAGUGCACACAACAAGACUGCACCAAGGCCUUUGUUUCUAAGUACAAAUUACUAAGGCAUAUGGCUACUCAUUCUCCUGAGAAAACCCACAAGUGUAAUUAUUGUGAGAAAAUGUUUCACCGAAAAGAUCACCUAAAGAAUCACCUACAUACACACAAUCCCAACAAAGAGGCCUUUAAGUGUGAAGAAUGUGGAAAGAACUACAAUACCAAGCUUGGGUUUAAGCGUCAUCUGGCUUUGCAUGCUGCAACAAGUGGUGACCUCACCUGUAAGGUAUGUUUGCAGACAUUUGAAAGCACGGGAGUGCUGCUGGAGCACCUAAAAACUCAUGCAGGCAAGUCAUCGGGUGGAGUAAAGGAGAAAAGGCACCAGUGUGAACACUGUGAUCGUCGGUUCUACACCCGAAAGGAUGUCCGUAGACACAUGGUAGUGCACACUGGAAGAAAGGACUUCCUCUGUCAGUAUUGUGCACAGAGAUUCGGGCGGAAAGAUCACCUAACACGCCAUAUGAAGAAAAGUCACAACCAAGAACUUUUGAAGGUCAAACAAGAGCCAAUGGACCUUCUAGAUCCCUUUACCUGCAAUGUUUCUGUGCCUAUAAAGGAUGAGCUGCUUCCAGUGAUGUCUUUACCUUCCAGUGAGCUGACAUCAAAGCCAUUUACAAACACUUUGCAAUUGAAUCUCUACAAUACUCAAAUUCAGUCCAUGCAGAGUUCUGCAUCUGCACACCAAAUGGUCACCACAUCAUUACCCUUGGGAAUGCCUUGUCCAAUAGAUAUGGAGUCUGUUCACCCGUCUCACCAGCUAUCUUUGAAAUAUCCACUCAGUUCUACCUCAUAUGCAAUUUCUAUGCCUGAAAAAGAACAGCCAUUGAAAGGGGAAAUUGAAAGUUACUUAAUGGAGUUGCAAAGUGGUAUACCGUCUUCAUCCCAGGAUUCUCAAGCAUCUUCAUCUAAAUUAGGGUUGGAUCCUCAAGUAGGGCCACUAGAUGAUGGAGCUGGGGAGGUUUCCCUUUCCAAAAGCUCUGUUUCCAUUAGUGAACCUCUAAAUCCCCAACCGUUGGACUUUUCUCAGUUGUUCGGCUUCAUACCAGUAAAUGGCCCUCCCUAUAAUCCUUCUGUUUCAGUGGGAAACCUUGGAAUGAGUUAUACACAGGAGGAGGCGCAUUCUUCAAUGGCUCAACUUCCACCACAAACACAGGAUCCUCACGAUCCUAGCAAUAGUAUAGGUCUUGGGUCCCUGCAUUCACUGUCAGCAGCUUUCGCAAGCAGUCUAAGCACAACCACCACCCUACCACGUUUUCAUCAAGCUUUCCAGUAGGAUGUACAAAGCUGGCUUAUUACUGUCUAUUUGUAGAAAUGCCUUAGGUAAUCAUUUUUAAUUUAGUGCCUACUAUGAGACAUUACAAAUUCUCUGCUUUUGUACAGUACCAAUCUCAUGAAGCCAGUAAGAAAUUUAAAUUAACUUUUACAUGUUUUGAAAGUGUUUUAUUCUCAACUGUGUUUACUUUGGUUUUUAAAAAGUCUCAUUGAUUUGUUUGAAUUUUCACUGCCAAUUGACACACUGACAAAAAAAAAUCAAUAGAAAGCAAUUCCUGCUAAACUUUGACACACACCCCUUGUUUAUAACUUUUCUGAAACUUUUCAGUCAUUCUGUUUUGUCAAGUAAAUGGUAGCUUGACCGUUUUACAUUUUGUGCAUUUUGUAAUAGAAUCCUAGUUUUUAAUUUUACACACAGCUUCCUGAAGAUCUUCAAAUGAACUAAAUGGUGGUAUCUUAUGUGGUCCAUAAUCUGAAAUCAAUUUUUUUUUUAAAUUAGUAUCGAAUUCAAACGUCCUUGUUGGAAAUAUGUACAUACUUUUCAUUUUGACUUAGUCAUUAUGAAAGGUAUUAAAAACUUGCUAGUUUCUGGCUUAACUUGUUGCUGCCUGUAUCAAGAUUGGAUAAGAAGCAAUUUAACUUAAAUACUCAUCGUAACGCGACAAAAUUAAAAAAACAUUUAUUCUUGUUUAAUUGGCUAAUGUGUCAAGUUAAAAUUGGAACCGUUUUGUGCUUUUGUGACUCUGGUGAAGGGAAAAGAGGCAAAAUUAAUGGCUGACCCUGAAAUAUAAAAGUGUUGUAAUUUAGUAGUGCGGAAUAUUUUGUCACAAUUUUUGAUUUAAUUCUUAACUUGCUGUCUUUCUUUUUAAUAGCAUAGAAGGAGCACUGCAUAGGAGUCUUCAGAUUGUAUAUUCACGUCUGUAGGCAUCAGUCUUUCCUAGCUGCCACAGCCAAAGUGUGGGUCAAGUCCAGCCUGAAGUUUUAUACCUAGUGUCCGUUCAAUGUGAGCCUGCAGUCAGAGAGUGAAUGUAAAUUUGCAGAUAUCCAUUUUAAUUUUUUUUUUAAGCGGAGUGGGUCUUUUCAGUUGUGUGACGUGAUGUGUUAUGUCCUCCUAAGCAACAAGUUAAAUGUUAAUCACACUUACUACACCUGGGUACUUGGCUAGGGACCUUUUUCCCAUUGCCAAGGUUUAAAGACAGGACUCUUAGGAGUGAAGUAAAAGCAUAUUGCUUACACCACUUUUACCUAACCUGAUAUACUCACGUCUCCUACCCCUAAUAACCAAAAGAGAAAUAACUGUGAUGUGUAAAAGCAAGCUAGAUUUGCUUUAACUCAAUACUAAUAUUCAUUUUCCUUGUCAUUUUUUGGAUAAGGAAUUAAAAAAUAAAAAUGAAAUACAGUCGUAUCACUCAGUCAGUAGUGAGGACGCAUACAAGGUUUUAAGUGGUUAAAAUAAAUGUACUUCACAGAAACAGAAGUUGCUCCCAUUGAAGGAGCUUUUGCUCCCAAUAUUUUAUCAUUAGCUCCUCCUUUUUUUCCCUCUAGGAGCAAUAUGCAGGUGUAGUUUUACUAUUUUAUACUUAUAUGUAUUUAAAUUUUAUUACUGAAAGAUAAUGUUUUUAUAAAUGUGUUUGUGUUCCAAAGGCAUUAAAAUAAGGAUGUAUUAAUAAGGAUAAUACCUUUUCAAAUUCUGGGUUUAGGAGCAUAUGAUCUCAAAGUGGACUUUAGCUCUGCUUCAUGACUGCUUCCUUUAGUUUCUAUGAAACAGAUUGCUUACCUACAUCUUUAGUUGAAUGAUGUGUUCAGUAUUGCUUCCCCCUCCCUCCACCCCAAGCAUUUUAAGGAAAGAAAACAUUGUGUGAAAAGAGCACAAAAUAAACAGAACAGAAACACUUUAAUACUAGUUUAAACCAGCAAGCAUAAGACAAAAAGCAAGUGGAAAGAAGUUACUUUAUUCUGGAUCUAGUUUAACCAGUUUGAGCGGAAGAUAAAUGGAUUCCAUUUCCUUAAUGGGCCAUAUUGUAUGUGGAACUGAGCAUCUUUAACUUCUGAAAAGUUUUGGGUGCACAGAAUCAUACCCUUCGUAAGCCACAUUUGUCACCCAGAAAAGGCAAGUGGAGACAGGCCAUUCCAUUAGGUUGUGUUUGUCAAUAUAUGCAGCUGUUGGAAAAUGAAUAUGCAUAUCACCAAUUUCAGAACUACAGUGAAUUGUUAGUCUGGCAGCAGGGAAGGCCACUUGUUAGUGUUGCAAAUUAGUUUAAUCUUAACUGCCAACACAGAACAUUCUGACAGCCUAUCCCAUUGCUUAAGGGGAUGGAAGUGGUGUGUAUUUAGCAUUUAGAAAAAGUGCCAUUUGUUUAUCAGUUUUAGUUCUGAUUAGACUUGAUUAAAAUUUUUUUUGCCAGCAUCCAUUUUCUUAGUAUAUAACCAGAAUCUUUACUACUAAUGGUAGUGCCUUAGCUUUGUAAAAAGGGAUUGACUUUUCACUUCAGAAAUAGGGACCUCAGACAAGAUAUUGAACCUCAUUCAGUCAGGGCUUCAGUUGGUGGCUACAUGAUGUAUGUUUGCUACUGAACUAGGAUGUAUGAAUAUGUGGAAGCAGAUUGACACUGUUAGCAAUAUUAACACAUUAGUGCUUUAGAGUAUAUUUAGGCAGAAUUAUUAUUGGCCACUAUUAAAAUGUCAGUUUUUAAACCCUACUUUCUUGUUACCGAGUUGAUUUUUAUUUUUUCAGGGGGGGGGGAGGGGGAGGGAGGCUGGCUGAUCAUGCACCACUCUUUGUGCAACUUUUAAACUUCUAGUACGUUUUUUAAAUAUAUAUAUUUUUGUGUACUUGUUGCUUGUGCUUUAUUUAGUAGUAAAUUGUGGAAUAGAGUGAUUUAUUGUUAAUUUCACAGUAGCGGUUUUUAAAAACCAUAUACUGACUGAAACAUGAGCCAGAGCUGAUUGCUUAUUAAGCUAAUAAUGAAUGUUAAGAGUACAUAUUUUCAGGAUCAUUUGCCUAGUGAGCUAUACAUGUAUUAUAGGCCAAUAUUUUUUAAAAUAAAGCUUGUUCAACCUCUAUGUUACACAUAUUACAAGAUAUAGCACUUUCAAAAAGAAAACCUAAACCUUUUAAGAAAAUUUCUUACAGGUUAUGCUUUUUAUUAUAAAAACUUUUAUUAUAACUUGUUUCAAGUGCCAUUAGAUUACAUAUAUGUAGGACUUUGGUAUAAUGCUUUGUGUACAAAAUGGUAGACGUAAUUUUAAACAGGUACAUUUUUACAGUGUUUUCUUAUCAAUUUGCUAUAUUGCACAAAACCAGUGUGUCUUUCUUAAGGCUUUUACAAUGGUUUUUUACUAGGUUUACAUGUUUCAAACUACACUGUCUUCUACUGCCAUUUUUAACACCAAUACAAAAGUCAUGCGUUCCUCACCAAUUAUAAACAGUGCACUCUGGAGUUUUGGAUGGUAAAUGGUCAUAGAAUUUUAAAAUACCCUAUGUUAGCUAUGCUGCUGUCUGAAGUCAACAUGGGGCCCGAUCUUACCCCAUUAAAUUAAAGGGAAGCAGGACUGCACCCUUAGUUAUGUCUGUUUGUCUCAUACACUGGUUUAGCAGCUCAUUCUACAUACUUGUCAGUCUCUAGAAGGCCUAUGAAAUGUACUUUUGCUAUAAACUAUGUAGACACUCAGCUACCCAUCCUGCAAUCCUCCCAGUGUACAAUGAAAACUACCACCUAUUUAACAUUACCUGGGGAGUCAAAAUAAAGUAAUGCCAUUAUAGUUCAAAAGUGUAUCUGGAAAGUCCCAAAGCCCUUAUACAAUAAGGGUGUCUUAUUUUGUUGGAAGGCAGUGUCUUUUGAUAACAGUUAUCUAGCCCUGGAAGUGACACAGAACUAUUGCUAAUCAUAUGUAAACACUUUUCAGUAUAAGCUUCAGUGGUACAGUUGAACCAGAAUGAAUGUUUAUCUUCUCAGAAACACUCCUGCAAUAUUGUUAUAUUGGAUCAUGCUGCUAAUGUAACUUGGGAUACAACUCCUCUCAUGGUGCUACAAACCUUUCUGUCUCAUUCAGAUGUAUUUUUACCCUUAGAAAAAAGGACUAUACUAGACCUGUAGGUAUACGAUAUAUUUUUAUACUGUGACUUAAUUUGUCAUUAAUGAACUUUGUACACCACCACAAUGUAUUCAUAUGCACUUGCAAAAGGAAAAUCUUGGACAUGCAAAUGUAUACCCAAACAAGCCUGACUUUUGUUCACAAAACUAGAGGAUGACAGUUAGUUAAAAUGAAAUGUGGGCUUUUUCUAUGGUGUGGAGUGAAGAACAUACUGUAUGUUGCUAAGAGCCCUUUGAAUUUAGACAAAAACUAUAUUGGGGAAUGGAUGACGCACCUGAACCUGACUUGGAUUGCUGAAAUUAUAUUUUUGGCUAGUGGGGAAAAAAUGUUUGGACUUGUAUGUUAAAAUGUUUUAAUGAUAAAGAUUGAGUCAAAAAUAGAAAGGAAAAAAAACAAACAAAAAAAAACCCACCCCUGCAUUCCAGACUGAAUUUGUAUAUGUUUCUUGCAUUUAAAAUUGCUAUCCUGUGAUAUGGAAAAUUGAGUUGCUUAUCAUGUAUAUGUACUUUAAAAUGUAUUCACAAACUACUGUUGUAUUUGUAUAAAAUAUAGACAAAAAGAUUGCAUAUAUAUUUUUGUGUAUAAGCUCUGUAAAAUAGCAAUCCCAGUAUGAAGCUGCAGCAGAACUUCAUUUUAAACAUUCACAUCCAAAGAAACAGACUAUUUAUUGUCCACAUACCCAGAUUAUAAAAUAUACCUUGCUGCUAUCAAACAAUAGUGCUGCAGCUACAGUGUUAUGUUUGCUGUACAAAAAUAUGUGAACUCCACAAAAUAUAUCAAUAAAGUUACAGAAUGGUUUUAGUUAAUGUAUAA